AUGGCGCCACCCGAAAAGUCCAAAAAGAACCGAAACAAGCCUCCAAGCGGGCGUCCCCAAGCAACAUCUGCCAUUUCACAACCAGUGGUGGAAGACACAUCCCAACCUUUCAACCUCUCCGCCUUCUCUCCCAAGGGGAAUCUCUUCGCGUUUCUGUCUCUCGCGGUAGACAAACAUCGUCUACGCGUGUAUGACACUGCAACUAGUCAAUCCGUGGCGGAGCAUAUAGUGGAUUCAGCACGCGUUUCGUCUCUCUCCUGGACCGAUUACGAUUUUUCUGAGGCACAAUCGGGCGAGUCUCCGAUAUCUGCUGUCGAAGUUGUUGUGUUGGGACUCUCAGAUGGAACUGUUUUGUUCUUCUCCCCGACCCACGGUCGCGUGAUGAGGACUCUGUCCCAUUCAACGAGUACCUUUCCUAUUCUCUCAGUAGUUUCAACUGCUGGUGUCCCAACUUUAUGGACCUCUGGUGCGGAUGGUGCAAUUCGCGUAUGGCACGCGCAGAAAAAUGACCUUUUGGGCAGUUGGGAAAGCGAUGAUCGGAUACCUUGCUCGUCUCUGGCUAUCAGGCCAUCGAAUGAGAAUGAUCGCGUUGAUAUUCUCGCUGCAACCCAUUCCAUCCGCUUACUUUCAGCCAUUCCGGACUCGAUAACCGACGAACCCACUCAACUCGCAACUUUCACUGGUCAUGCGUCUUCCAUUAAGCAACUCCACUGGGAUGCAUCGCAAACUCCUUCGACACAUUUCGUCUCCCUAGCAGAAGGCGACCGCAUUGUGUCGAUUUGGGAAACACCAGAGGACUCCGUGUCUGAGGGCAAAAUGAUUGCCUCAGUGCAACUGGACUCUGAUGCGCGUUCCACUUCCUUCUCUGCCUCCUCUCCCAGCACCACGGAACGACAAAAUCUUCUCACUUUAACUGCAUCGGGCAAAAUGUCCAUAUAUCCCAUCCCAACGGAGCUCUUACCGCCAGCUAGCUCCAGUCGAAUACAACACAAGGUCUCAACGCUCCUCCCACGUUCAACACUAUCCAUUUCUACUAAGAAGGCCACGUCGGGAGCACUUCCCAUUGCGGCUGCGUUUGCUGCCGGAGUGAGUGGUAAUGUUCGCGUAGCCCGUAUCGUGGGUGGUGUGCGACCGGUUUUCGAUCUUGUUCCUUACCUGGAUGAGAAAGGCGACUACAUUCCUGAUGUUGUUCUGGAGGAUGUUAAGAUGAGCCUGCUGAACGAAGUGGAAGAGGGUCUUCUCCCCAAUCGCCGGUACACUGAAGCGCGAGCUUCAGCACGGUCUGGUGUUGAACUUGGUCUGGAUGAAACGAUGGACGACUUGGGACCCAGUACCAUCGACGGCGAGCUUGAUGUCGAACUGGCAGAGCUUAGCCUCGGCCAACGAUUAACUGCCCUUUCUGGAGACAUGCGGCCCGGCUCGUCAGAAAGUGAUGACGAAGGUCCAUCAGGCAGCCACAAGAAAAAGUCUACCACGAAUCGGGACCACGUAAUACAAGAGGGAGGCGCCGUGCCCGCAAACUCUCUCACCCGGACACUGAUCCAAGCGUUGCACUCGUCGGAUACGAGAUUAUUGGAGACCUGUUUGGCUCACUCCGAUCAAACAUUGAUCCGAAAUACGAUUCGGCGAUUGCCGCCUCAACUCGCUGUCCCUUUAGUUUCGGCAUGUGUAGAGCGGCUUGGCCGCGGCGCCCGGGCUGCGAACAUGAAGGGCGGGGGUGGUGGCGCCAGCUCCCAGAGAGGCACUACCCUCAUCGUCUGGGUGAAAACUGUUCUCGCCGUUCAUAGCGGCCACCUGAUGACCAUGCCAGACCUAGUCGCGCGACUGGCCGGACUGCAUGCAACGCUUUCGUCGAGGCUGGCCUUACAAGAAAACUUACUGUCGCUCAGUGGUCGUUUAGACAUGGUGCUAGCGCAAAUUGAGAUGCGUUCAUCGGUUGCCCCGGCUCCAUUAGCACCAAGAAAAGGUGCGCAGAGUUCUGGGAAGAACUUGACGCGUUACGUGGAGGGAGAGAGUGGGGAUGAAGAGGAGGAGCAAAUGGAUGUUGAAGUCGAGGUCGACAGUGGGGAUGAUGACGGCAGUGUGGAAGACGUCGAGCUUGGUGGAGAUGAAAGUUCCUCCGAAGAGGGUUCUGAUGAGCAAGACUCAGACCAAGACUCUGACGACAAUCCAAUGAACGGGUUUAUCGAUGACGAAGCGGAGGAAGAGUAUAGCGAAGAGGAGUCUGACCAAGAUAGCGAAUAA